GUGAGUGACGCUGUGGGCGGUUGGUUGCGCAGUGACGACGGUGGUUGAGUCACGGUGACAGUGGCCCCGGGAAGGAGGGCGGGAGCUGAGCGGUGCCAUGGACAUCAGCGACUUGUUUACCAGCUGCCGCAAAGGCGACAUCUCCCGAGUCCGUUACUUGGUUGAACAGAGGGACGUGGAACUAAAUGUAAAAGAUAAAUGGGAUAGUACCCCGCUGUAUUACGCGUGUCUGUGUGGGCAUGAGGAUCUUGUACGAUACUUGCUCAGCAAUGGCGCAAAAUGCGAGGCCAACACAUUUGAUGCUGAGCGCUGUUUGUAUGGAGCGCUCAACGAUUCCAUUCGGCGGCUGUUGAAAGAGUACAAACAGAUCACAGCCAAGGGCAUGCAGAGGGAUUACUAUGAUGACUUUCUGCAAAGGUUGCUUGAACAAGGUCGUUACAGUGACGUUGCCUUUAUAGUUCACGGAGAAACAUUCAAAGCCCACCGAUGUGUGCUGAACGCACGAUCAAAUUACUUUGCCGAAAUGUUUCAGACCAAGUGGAAGGGAAAGAAUGUGAUUGCUCUCAAGAACCCUUUGGUUAAUCCCAUGGCUUUCCAAGCACUUUUGCAGUAUCUCUACACAGGCCACCUAGAUAUUGAAGUUGGAAAUAUUGAAGACUUAAAAAUCUUAGCAAAGCAAUGCAAACUGCAAUUGCUGAUUGAUGAACUGGAAAACAAAUGUAAAAAAGUCUAUGAAUUUGUCUCCUCCAAGCCUGGGACUUGUGUGACAGUUCUGACCCUGGAUACUCAGGAAAACUGCACAUUGCAGGAUGACCUGGCUAUUCUCGCUGAUUGUGCCCUUCCCGCAGAGCUGCGGGUUGGUUUUGGGGAAUUGCCAUUCGACAGCACAGAUAACUUCAGCAGCUACCCUGAUUUGUGCUUCAGGGUGAAAGGCUAUAACUUCCUCUGUCACAAGGCGUUUUUCUGUGGUCGCAGUGAUUAUUUCAGAGCUUUGCUGGAGGAUCAUUUCUGUGAGAGUCAGGAACUUCAGAGUCAGCCCAGCAUCCCCAUGAUCAGCCUCCACAAUAUCACUGAGGAAAUCUUCAUCAGACUCCUUUACUACAUCUACAGUGAUGAGACUGAGUUACCUCCAGAGAUUGCCUUUGAGGUGCUGUGCGUGGCUGACAUGUACCUUCUGCCCGGCUUAAAGAGGCUCUGUGGGAAAACACUGGCCCUGACAUUGUGUGAGGACAAUGUACUCAAUGUCUGGAAAACAGCAAAGCUCUUCAGACUUACCAGGCUAGAAGACCAGUGCACAGAAUAUAUGGCUAAAAUUGUCGAGAAGCUUGUAGAAUCGGAAGAGUUUGCUCAAGCGGUGAGAGACGAUGCUGAGUCGGUGAAGGCCCGAGAAGAGACGGACUCUGUGCCUCUGGUGGAUGACAUACGUUUCCAUAUCACCAGCAACGUGCAGACUUACAGUGCCAUCGAGGAGGCCAAUCAGAGGCUGGAAGCAUUGGAAGAGCUGCUGACCAGAUUGGAACUCGAGUGUUAAACGUCGCUCUCUCUCGCUCGCUCACCUCAUGGCAAACAUCAACACUGAGCCACUCCACUUUCCAUUUAUUUUCCCUCAACUCAACGACAUUUCAAUUAGCAGCUCUCAUGUUGAGGAUCAGAAUAUUCAUUAUAAAGACCUCGUUCCUUUUGUUGGCCUUUAUGAAACCAACACGGUGGAACCUAUACAGGAUUCUCCAAUUGGUACGGCCCAAAUUCGGCCCCUAUGCAGUUUGUUCUAGCCCUUGCACUUUUGUUCACCUUGCAGAUGCCCCUGGUCCAUGCAAAGUUUCAAGCAGCUGAACUAGUUCCUAAAGUAACUCAGGCACUUUACUAAAGGUCAUCUCAGCUCAAAACACCUGUCUUUGCUGGGCAAGCACAGCAUGUCAGAACCCACUGUGAACUCUUAGUCAUGAU